AUGGCUCCUCCUCGCAAUGCCGGCUCCCUUGCCGGCAGCGACGACUUCCACGUGGCUGAGUGCAGGGUGAUCACGAUCCCGGAGGGCGCCGAGCCGGCGGACUGCCCCGUGACGCCCCUGUCGCCCCUGGAACACGUGGGCCUGCCCAGCCUGGUCACCUGCGUACUCUCAUUCCCGGACACCCUGAGCGUGGAUCGGAUGAAGCGCGCCGUGGAGCGCCUGCUGGCGACCUUCCCCGUGCUCGCCGGGCGCAUCGCGCAGCUGCCGGCGGGGCGGUCGGGAUCGGCGUCGUGCUUCCCGCUGGGGAUCGCAUGCAACAACGCGGGCGUGCUGUUCAGGCACCUCAGGUGCAGGCGGCGGUACUACGACCUCUGUGACCAGGACGCCACCUCGGGCACAUACUCGCUGGCCAGCCCGGCGCCCGAGCCACCGUACAUUGGGGUCAGUGACGUGGAGGGGCUGGCGUCCGGUCAGGAGCCCCUGCUGCGUGUCGCGCUGGUGCACUUCGUGGACAGGGGCAGCCUGCUGUCCGUGGGCAUGACGCUGGGCGUGGUGGACAGCUUCAACUUCGGCCGCACGCUGAGGGCGCUGAUGGCGGCCUACCGGGGCGAACCGCCCGGCGCCGUGGGCCGGGCGCUGGGGCUCGACCGAGCAACGGGCCUAAGGGACCUUCUGGGAUCCUCCCAGGACGAUCAGGGCGGCCAAGACGGUAAAGACAGCCAAGACGGCCUGGAGAGUCCAGAUUCUGUGGGGCUGCGGCGGUGGGGUAGCGAUUUUGAUGCUGGAUCUGAGUCUGUGCUGCCGUUGGUGGGCUCAACGGGCGAGGGCGAGGAGAGGGGAGAAUUUGUGAGUUGGGAGCGGGCGUGGAGCGGACUUGGGAGGUCCGGAUCGGGCGACUGCCGGCCCAGGCGCUCGCUCCAGGAGCUGACAACCCGGAGGAGGGGGCCCGCGGGCCCGGCGGGCCGCUCGCUGCUGCACCCCUGGUGGGAUGAGGCCCCGGAGCGCUCGAGGAGGGUGAGCAGGGCCGUGGGCAGGUGGCGACGCGCCUGGAUCCGCAAAAUGCGCGUCGCCAAGCACUGCCUGCGCAUCCCGCCGGAGGACGUCGACCGUCUGCGCGCCGCGGCGAUGGACGGCUGCAAGCGCUUCGUGUCCGAGGCCGACGCGCUGAGCGGCCUGGUGUGGCUGCUGGCCACCAGCGUGCGCAAGCUGCCCACCUUCCUGGCCGACGAGGAGCGAUUCGUCAACGUCAGCGUGCGGCUGGGUGGGCCGGCGGCGGGCCGCUACGGCAACGCCACGGCGUGGAUCGGCGUUCGGCCAUUGCGGCCCCGCGUCCGCCACGCCAACCACGUCCCCCCCGCAGCCCUGUCCUUCCACGCCAGGAUGGCCGCGCUGGACGACCGCGAGCUCAACGGCGCGCUCGGCUGGGCGUCCUACAGCGUGCGCCGCGGCACGCUGGAGUUUCACAGCCGGUCGCAUUCCAUCGCGCCCAAGAUGGCUUCCAGCCUGGGCGCCGUGGGCCACCACAGCGGCCAAGAGUACCAGUCGUACCUGGCGGCCGCGUUUUAUGAUUGCGACGUGCACGUCGUGCACGUGGAAGGAUUGGUGAUGGGGCGGGAGCUGGGAUGCGGGGGCUGCAGUCCCGGGGGGGCGUUCUUCGGCGCCAGGAACCUGCCGCCCUGGACGGCGUUCGUGACGAGGGACGAGGCGGGCGGGGCGGACGUGCUGCUGGCGUGCUCUAAGGGGGAAUGGGAGAGCGUGCGCGGGCACAGCAUACUGCGCAGGACGCUGCCCGGCUGCGAGUGUCUGUAG